AUGUCCGGCCAGGCCCCGGAGCCCGGUGACGCCGAUGCCAAGUCCAAAGUCCAACCCAGCCAGGUCCGUUUCUCGUCCAUCACGGAGGAGAUUGAACCAUCGCAGGCACUCUCUCCGGAACCAGAACCUCAACACUCGCAGCCGCUGAAGCAGCAAUCAGACGAAGAGGCGUUACGAUCGCUGGCUAUGAGUUUGCAGAGCUCGCAUCUGCAGAGCUCACAGCUUCAGGAGGCCCGUCUACGGAACUUCUCUUUCGAUCCCAUGUCUCUUCCUUCCUCCAGGGUCGCCUCUCGCGAGUCGAGUGAUCGGAGUGGGCAUGGAACUAGCUCUUUUGCCUCUCCUCAUGCAUCUCCCCCCGUUUCCGCCGUACAGUCCCCUCCUCUUACGCCAGCUGCAACUCGUUCACGUGAAGGCAGAGCGGAGGGUUCCUCCCUAAAAGCUCACAGCCGGCCUCAUGUCCAAACCGAGUUCACCCCAGAUGCCUCACCCCCGGUGACUUCAGCCGAUAAGCAUGACAUCCCCCGAUCCUCAACCCCCCGACCCUCAUCCACCGAUCAGUUGCCCAACAGACACAGUGAGGCCUCUGAUCGAAGCUCUCAUGUCGUGCAACUCCCCAAGCACCGUGCACAGUUCUUCAUUGGAAACGAUACUAGUUCGCAAGAAGAAAGCCCACCUGCUACUCCAAGAGAGUCUCUGACUCCACCCGGGGCUAUGACCCCAGUAGGCGAACCCAAUGACCCUUACGCACGCAACAAGCGCCCACCUCAGUCGAAAAAUCUCGCUCAGCUGGAUCCUCGGUUCAUCUUUAGCAGUCGGGAUGCGAAGCGGUCAUUCCGCCCGGGAACUCCCCGAUCAGCCAGCGCCAGUGACCUCAGCAAGCCCAGUGACAAGCGGAGUAUAUUUGGUGGCAAGAAGGACCAAGUCAGUGACAAGCACCAGAGUCAUCAUCAUCAUGGCUCCAUGUCUGAAUUGAAGCGAUUCUUCAAAAUGGGUCACCGCCACAAGCGGGCUGAAUCCCCAACAUCAAUGCCCAAAAAGUCGAGCCGAGGAUCUGGAAAGAACACCCCAUACCAAAUGGCCCCUGACAAUGUUCCAUUUGCCGAUGAUCACGGAUUGAACUCCAAGUAUGGCAAAAUGGGCAGGGUGCUUGGGUCUGGAGCUGGCGGCUCGGUGCGUCUCUUAAAGCGGAACAGUGACGGUGUCACCUUCGCCGUGAAGCAAUUUCGAGAUCGUCACAACUGGGAGACCUUGAAGGAGUAUUCCAAGAAGGUCACCGCGGAGUUCUGUAUUGGUUCUACUCUGCAUCACGGCAAUAUCAUCGAGACACUGGAUAUCAUCCAGGAAGGGACUCACUGGUAUGAGGUGAUGGAAUAUGCUCCAUAUGAUCUCUUUGCCAUCGUCAUGACGGGAAAGAUGGGCAAAGAGGAGAUUGCAUGCUCUUUCAAACAGAUUUUGAGCGGCGUGGCUUAUUUGCACGGCAUGGGUCUCGCUCAUCGGGACCUGAAGCUGGACAACGUGGUGGUCAAUGAUCGAGGCAUCAUGAAGCUCAUUGACUUUGGAAGUGCCGUUGUCUUCCGUUAUCCCUUCGAAAACGACAUCGUUCCCGCUUCAGGAAUUGUCGGCUCGGACCCAUAUCUUGCCCCCGAGGUGUACGACGAAAAGAAAUAUGACCCCCGCCCUACGGAUGUUUGGUCGCUGGCGAUCAUCUUCUGCUGCAUGACCCUACGGCGCUUCCCAUGGAAGCAACCACGCACCACGGACAAUUCCUACAAGUUGUUUGUUUCCAGCCCGACUCCAGGCACACCGGUUCCCGAGUCGAACCCAAACCGUCGGCCCAAGUCGACCCCCGAUCUACCAUGCCAAGGCCAGGAGAAACGUCAGGCUGAUCGCUCGAGCGGUUCCUCUGAACCCGCCAAAACCAAGGACCAGUCUGCACCGGAAGAAAACAGAAACGGUACCGGACACGGGGAUGGUGAUCGCUCGCCUGAUACUGCUCAAAAGCAAACCAGCCAGACUAGCACUACUGCCCAUGAUCGGCCUACCCGCACGACGAGCAAAGAGGCACCGCCCGUUCAACCACCUUCCCAGUCCUCUGGUCAGCGCCAGGAAGUCAUCAAGGGACCGUGGCGCCUUCUCCGCAUCUUACCGCGGGAAAGCAGGUACAUUAUUGGUCGUAUGCUGAAGACCAACCCCAACCAGCGAGCCACACUGGACGAGGUCAUGAGUGAUGACUGGGUCAGAGACAUCCAUGCCUGUCGGCAGGAAUGCUCUGGCGAGAUCAUCAACGACCCCGGCCACACCCAUGUCUUGGAGCCCCCGUCGCAGAGUCCCGCCGUGGCCAGCAAAGGCACCAAGGCCAAAUAA